UUUAAGUAACGCGAACAAACCUAUUGUUAAUUCUCACAGGAAACAAGCCAUAAAAGAAAAUUAUUAAAUUUCCUGAAAUUAAAUUAUUAUCUUAAAUUAGAUUAAUAUAAUGUCAGUUCGGAGUAUGAAUAAUAAACUAGAUAAUAAGAUUGACACAGCAUGCAGAGUACUUUCUCAGGAGGCUUCAGUAUCUCCUUACUUUGUAGAACUUUAUUUGUCGGAUCAGAUUCUAGAAGUAUCAGAGGCCAUAAUAACACCUUUGACAUUUUAUCGAGAAUAUGUAUCCAAAAACAUACCCCUAUUAAUAAAAGGAGGUACAAGUCAAUGGCCAGCCAUGAAAAAAUGGAGUAUACCAUACUUUCAAAAAGUUCUUGGAGACAAAGAAGUAACGGUUGCUGUAACACCGAAUGGGUAUGCAGAUGCAAUAGCAGAAUCACAUGAUUUCAAUGGAGAGUCUAUAGAAUAUUUUGUAAUGCCUGAAGAACGUCAGAUGACAAUGUCUCAGUUCCUAGAUCAUCUGGAAAAUCCUCAAGCAGGAAGUGUAUUUUACAUACAAAGACAGAAUUCAAAUUUCACAGAAGAUUUUCCAGAAUUAAUUUCAGACGUUCCUCCUGACAUACCUUGGGCAACAGAGUCAUUUGGUAAGCUUCCUGAUGCUGUAAACAUUUGGAUGGGUGAUGAGCGUGCUGUUACGUCAAUGCACAAGGAUCCUUAUGAAAAUAUUUACUGUGUUAUAUCCGGUGAGAAGGAUUUUCUUUUACAUCCUCCAACAGACAGACCUUAUAUCCCUUAUGGAAAGUAUCCUGCUGCUGUCUAUAAAGAAUCAUCACCUGGACAAUGGAAGAUAAAUCCAAUGAAUAUAGAUACUCCAAAAGUUCUCCAGGAGUCAGAGUCAGAUAACGAGGAAUCGAAUCUAGUUCCUUGGAUACGCGUGGACCCUCUUCAUCCUGACAACACGAGGUAUCCCAAAUACAAAAAUACAAGAACUUUAAGGGUCAAAGUACAAGAGGGUGAUAUGCUCUAUCUGCCGUCAUUAUGGUUUCACCACGUCCGCCAAUCCCAGGCCUGCUUAGCAUUAAAUUACUGGUACGAUAUGGAGUACGAUAUAAAGUACGCGUACUUCAAAGCCCUGGAAACGCUUUGCGAAUAAAUGAAUAAACGACUUAUCCAAAAA